AUGGCAAUGUCGAUAAAAGCGCCAGUAACAGGGUUAAGCGUGGGUUCCCACACAGCUGGGCCAUCGGGCAAUAGAGGGGUCAUUAUUGUCAGAGCACAUCCGUUGAGAUCAUCGUUGUUUGGUCGUGGAGUUGGUUCAGCUCCAAAAUUUGCUGGACUUCAACUUUCUAGUUCUACUAGAUCCCGACGGAACGGUCGUGGAAGGGGUGGUGCUCUUGGUGCUCAAAUGAGUCUAUUUGAUCGGUUUGCGAGAGUUGUUAAGUCAUAUGCAAAUUCAGUAUUAAGCAUCUUUGAAGACCCAGAAAAAAUAUUGGAACAGUCUGUAAUUGAAAUGAACUCCGAUUUGAUCAAGAUGCGUCAAGCUACUGCACAGGUUUUGGCUUCCCGGAAGCAACUGGAGAACAAAUAUAAGGCUGCUCAGCAAGCUUCUGAAGAUUGGUAUGGAAGAGCUCAACUUGCUCUAGGGAAGGGUGCUGAAGACCUUGCUCGUGAAGCUCUUAAGCGUAGAAAAUCUUUUGCUGAUAAUGCAAAUGCUUUGAAGACUCAGCUUGAUCAGCAGAAAGCUAUAGUUGACAACCUUAUCUCGAAUACAAGGUUGUUGGAGAGCAAAAUACAGGAAGCUAAGUCUAAGAAGGAUACGUUAAAAGCAAGAGCUCAGACUGCAAAGACUGCAACAAAGGUGAGCGAAAUGUUGGGGAAUGUAAACACGAGUAGUGCUUUGUCUGCUUUCGAGAAGAUGGAAGAAAAAGUUAUGGCUAUGGAAUCUGAGGCUGAUGCGCUUAAUCAGUUGACCAGUGAUGAACUUGAGGGGAAGUUUGCAUUGCUAGAAAGUUCUUCAGUUGAUGAUGACCUCGCCAGCUUGAAAAAACAGCUCUCCGCAAACACAAAGAAAGCAGAGCUUCAGCUUCCAGCAGGAAGAGCGCCAGUUACAAGCUUGAAGUUUCAAGAUGCUGAAAUCGAGCAUGAAUUGAACGAGUUAAGGCAAAAGGCUAAGGAAUAUUGA